UGGAGUGCGCGUGCCGCCUGUAGCGUGCAGGGCCGUCAUGGCCGCCAUCGCUGCGGAGGCAGCCAGAGCAGCGGUGGAAGACAGACUCUACCAUGCUCGGCUUAUCCUAGCGCAGCAUGGCUACACUUUCGGCAGGGAGCUUGGAUGCGGUUCAUACUCUACCGUCAGGCUGGUGCAAAAGGACGGAAUAAGCUAUGCGUGCAAAAUUGUUUCCACCGACAUGACGUCCCUGGAGUAUCGCACCAAGUUCCUGCCGAGAGAGCUGAAAAUUCUGAGCAGAAUCCGACAUUGCCACAUCACUGAAGUAUAUCAGAUAAUUCAGCUGCCCCGCAGGGUGUUCAUCAUCAUGGAACUGGCAGCGGGAGGCGACCUCUUGGAGAAAGUACAGCGGGAACGACGUCUCUACGAGCGGAAGGCGCACGAGCUGUUCGUCCAACUGGCGUGCGCCUUGGCCUACCUGCACCGGCACGACGUAGCUCAUAGGGACCUAAAGUGUGAGAACGUCCUCCUCACGUCUGAUGGGGUCGUGAAACUUACAGACUUCAGUUUCAGCAGGUUCUGUGUUGAUCCUCACACGAAGCAAAACGUGCUGAGUCGGACAUUUUGUGGCAGCGAGGCAUACGCGGCGCCUGAGAUCCUGCAGGGCAUCAGCUACUUGCCCAAGAUGGAGGACAUGUGGAGUCUGGGUGUCAUCCUCUACAUCAUGCUCACAGGCGCCCUGCCUUUCGAGGAAGGGAACAUUCACCGCCAGAUCCGGCUCCAGAUGACCAGGAUGGUGCGGUUUCCGCGCGCCCUUCCCAUCAGCCACUCGGUGAAAAAUCUUGUCCGCUUCCUCCUGGAACCCGUCGUGACUCUCCGGGCGACCAUGGGAGCAGUUGUUCACCACCCAUGGAUCAAGAUGUACCCAAAUCCACUCAAAAUGCUAGAAGAGAGAUACGCUUACAGCGUCCCCACAGCCCUUGCGCCAUACCAUCAAGGACAAGUAAUGCAGGAAAUACAACCAUGCUCGCACGAAGAAGACGCAUGCUUCAUUUCACCUGUCCCUCAGCGUGGCAAAGAAAAUCUUUUCCAAAGCGUUGUUUGCGAGGGACAACAAGACGAAUACGUUCCGGUCUACUCUGCUCAGCAAGGACAGACACCCGUAGCCUGGUCCUACCAACCGCAAGAGGUCAUCCCAACGUCGCAACCCAUUCUGAUGCAGCAACCCAUUCAACCCAUCUAUCAGAGCGAGAACGUAUCCCGUGCAGACACCGACACACGUCGAUGGCAACCAACGGAGACGCAGGCACAGUACUUAGAAGAACCCGGAGCCGACCACGACGACAUGAGGGCAAUCUUCGACAACCUGAAGACCGAGAUGGUCACGGAGCGCAGGUACAGCGACGAAGAACCGCAAGUCAUCGCCGUGUCCCUCGAACAGCCCCUCGAGACACCCGAGAGGACUGUGUACGUCGGCCGUCACGCUGCCACACCGUCUUACGUGACAAGCGAAGAGGGCGUCAUGACGCCCCCGAAUGGAGGUACGCAGGCGGGGGCCGGCAGCGGUUACCUGAGCGGAAAUGACGUGGUCCAAAACAUGCGGUAUGGGAACGACGACGAGCGAUACAGCUCUGCUUUCGCGCAAAUAACUCCCAAUCAGGGUUACAGCAUGUUGUCGAACCUGACCCCCACGAAAUCGCCGAGUCAGUACCAGGGCAGGUCGCAGAGUCAGUACCAGAGCAAAUCGCCGAGUCAGUACCCGAGCAAAUCGCCGACUCAGUACCAGGGCAAAUCGCCGAGUCAGUACGAGAGCAGAUCGCAGAGUCAGUACCAGAGCAGAUCGCCGAGUCAGUACCAGAGCAAGACGCCCAGCCGAUACCAGAGCAAGUUCCUGAACGAAACGCAAGAAACAGAGGCUGGACGAAGCAUGAUCACCGACGUGGGUCAGUCUUUCAUGGAUUAUUCCGAGGACGUGAAAGGUUCCAACUCCUCGACGAAAAGGAGGUUGAGUAAGAGAAGACUCAGUAAACGGAAGCUGUGCUGCGUCGAGUGUGGCGAGGUUUCAACGCACGGUUCACUGCUGGUGCUGAUCGUGAAAGGGUUCGCCGUUGCCGGCCUCACAGAGGGCAGCGACUGCCCCGGUUGUGGCCGCCGUGGGGGUGGGGUCAUGGCGGACGAGGAGGACGAUGGAGUCGAAGACCCCCAAGAGGCCGCCAAGAGUGAAGCGUCGCUCGCCCUCCAUGGCUACACCACGGGCAAGGUCUUGGGCUCCGGGUCGUACUCUACCGUACGACUCGUGAUGAAAAACGGCGUGACAUACGCCUGCAAAAUCAUCUCUAAGGAAAAGUCGUCGCCUAUCUACAGAACCAAAUUCCUUCCGAGGGAGCUAAAGAUCUUGGGCUCCAUGAAACAUCCUCACAUCGCUAGAGUUGACACGAUCAUUGAGGAGCCCGCCAAAGUGUUCAUCAUGAUGGAACUAGCCACUGGAGGCGACUUACUCGAAAAGAUACAGAAAGUGAGGCGCCUCGACGAGAAGCACACCCACGUGUACUUCAUGCAACUGGCAAGUGCUCUGGCGUACCUGCACAAGAACGACGUGGCCCACCGAGAUCUGAAAUGCGAGAACGUCUUGCUGACAUCUGCAGACGUCGUCAAGCUUACAGAUUUCAGCUUCAGCCGCUAUUGCACGAACCCAGACAACAAGAUGAAGGAACUGAGUUCAACUUUCUGCGGAAGCGAGGCCUACGCCGCUCCCGAGAUCCUGCAGGGCAUCCGCUACCUCCCGAAGCAGGAGGAUGUCUGGAGCCUCGGCGUCAUCCUCUACGUCAUGGUCACGGGCCUCUUGCCCUUUGAGAGCGGCAGUCUUCUGCGGCAACUGAGGCUGCAAAUGACCCGGUCCGUGCGCUUUCCGAAGCCCCUGCCACUCUCAAGGGAACUGAAGAACCUCAUAAGGGCCAUGUUGGAACCCGUGAUCAUGCUCAGGGCAAACAUGGCACGAGUCAUUCGGCAUCCGUGGAUUAAGAUGUAUCCGAGUCCCUUCAAAGAGAUCCACGAAAGAGUAGCCCGCUACCAGAAGCAAGCAGCACUCGCCGCCGCGCAAGCGGCUGCCGUCCCACCCGCACCAGCUCCACUUCCCAAACCAAAGGCCCAACCCAAAGGGGAGCCCCAAGGCGAACCACGGGAACAGUCACAAAUGGAAUCAAAGCUGGAAUCAAAACUGGAGUCUAAGCAAGAGUCAGCAGUAGAAGCACAGGAAGAACCAGCACUUGUGACGUCCAAACCUGUUGAAGACCAGGAACCGGCUGCGGAGGACGGAGCCACCGCUGAUGGCGGAAAGGACGAGGGUGCUCCAGGCUCCAAAGAUGUCUCAAAAAUGAGCGACGACGGAAAGAAAAAGGGGGAUGCUCAACCAGAUCCUAUGAAAGAGGAUAACAAGAGCAGAUCCAGCGCGGGAUCCGCCGGCAGCGACGACAGCGACAGGAGCGUGAAGAAGAUGGCUGCCCAGGAGCACAUACCUACGGUGGUGCUGCCAGAGAAGGGCAAGGAUCAGACAAAAACGGCGGCCGACGGCGGUGAGGAGGAUAAAAAGAAAAAUGGCACGAAGGAGGACAAUCAAAAGUCGGGUGACACUUCUGAACUAGGGGCUAAGAAAGGGAAUCAGGUAGAUGAAGGCCCUGGCAAAGACGCUUCCAAGCAGGGCCCGAAUGAUGACGGCAUCGCGGGGAAAGCGGGUGAAAAGGACGCAUCUAGACUGAGUACCAAGGACGGCAGCAAGGACUCGAGAAGUGGAAGCGACGCUUUGAAACAGGGUACGAAGAAUGGCGUCACGGCGGACAAUAAGGAGAAGGAGAAUGGACGGGACGCUUCCAAACUGACCACAAGUGGUGGCCCCAAGGCUGUGAGCGAUGUAAAGGACGCUUCCAAACUAAGCGCGAUGGACGACAACAAGGAGAAGGGAGGCGAAAAGGAUACUUCCAAUUUGAGCUCGAAGGUCGACACUAAGGUGGGGAAGACAGGUGAGAAGGACACUUCUAAUCAGAGCUCAAAGAUCAACGCCAAGGUAGAGAAACCAGGGGAGAAGGACACUUCUAAUCAGAGCUCAAAGAUCAACGCCAAGGUAGAGAAACCAGGGGAGAAGGACACUUCUAAUCAGAGCUCGAAGAUCAACACCAAAGUGGUGAAACCAGGCGAGAAGGACACUUCUAAUCAGAGCUCGAAGAUGAACACCAAAGUGGUGAAACCAGGCGAGAAGGACACUUCUAAUCAGAGCUCGAAGAUCAACACCAAAGUGGAGAAACCAGGCGAGAAGGACAGUUCCAAAUUGAGCACGAAGAUCAAGACCAAAACGGAGAUAACAGAUCGUGAAAAAGACGCCUCGAAUCUAAGCACGAAGGAGGCCUCGAAGCUGAGCACGAAGAACUCCAACCUCAGUACUGCUAAUUCCAAUCUGCCGCCAGGUCAGGCUGCAGGUGUUGCUCCCAAAUGAGAAAAAAAUUAUAAAUAAACGUCUAGACUAUG